AAACUUGCGCGUGCUGUGUUUUAAAACGUCGCUCUCCAUUUCUCGUGUGCCACAGUGGGUUUCGCGAGAAAAAGCACUAAGCCCGCCGAUGGAGCUAACAAGUGCUGAGGAUAUUAGGGCCGUAUUGGCUGGCGCGCUCAAAGGCUCCAGAGAUGUCAACUUAAUUAGUUAUCGAUUGGUUUCCAACUCGCCCAACGGAUUCAAUGGCCUCUACUACACCGUCUUAAUUGAUUAUUCACAGAAAAAUAAUGAGCAGGCGUUGACGUUGUCUUGUUUCGCCAAGGGUGUGCCUCCCAGUCGGCACCACGUCGCCUACAUAAAAGGCACCAAACUUUUGCACAAGGAAAACGAAUUCUUCCAAAAACUGCUGCCCUUUUUCCAGAAACACGUUACUUUUGAAGUUCCGGUGCCCAAAUGUUACUUCUCGCGGUUCGACGAGGACAAAUUUGUCAAUAGCCUAGUAAUUAUGGAAGAUCUGCAGGUUCAGGGUUUCAUCACCAGGGACCGGUUGGAGUUCAUGAACGAGAGAGAAUUGUUCCUGGUGAUGCCAGCGUUGGCCAAAUUGCACGCCGCUUCUUUGAUUGCCGAAGAGAAAUCAGGCAUUGACCUGAAGCAGUUCUGCCAGUUCCAUGACGAGGCCCUCUGGACCCUGGACGAGGAAAAUCCUGCGUACAAGUGGCUCCAAUCGAGCAUCGACACGAUAAUUGACGUGGCAAAGAGUUCGGAGAAGUUUGCUGAUCGUAUCGGAAAAAAUGAGCAUAAAUUGGCGCGAGCUUUUGAGGAGGCAAGACUUUUAUUUCGCCCGUCUGGCAAAUAUCGCAACUGCGUUUGUCACGGUGACAUUUGGAACAACAACCUGAUGUUCAAGUACUCGGGCUGUGAGGCGACGGACGUGCGCAUUAUCGACAUGCAAGUGUACCGAUUGGCUCCGCCGGUCACGGACGUGCUCAUGUUCCUUUUCUUGAAUUGCGACCGCCAAGUGCGUGCCCAAGUGAUGGACCGGCUGAUAUCGGACUAUUGGAAAGCGUUGGGGGCCUUGUUUCGAGACGCCGCUUGUCUUUUGCCGGAAGAAAUGGCCGAUUUGCCCACUUUCCAAAGACUUGCGGAGGAGUUUUGGCUGGUCGGACUUGUGGCGGCCGCAGGAUACGUGCCCAUGAACCAAAUGCCCCCUGGCGCGAGGGAAAAGAACAUGCCCCAAGCUGCCGAGGGCGAACAUGACUUUGACGUGGUGGACGAUUUCCUAAAGAGCAGAGGCGCGCCUGUUUUGCGGGGUAUGGAAAUGAGCAACUCUUUUAAGAAUAGUAUCGAAAAUGUCAUCGAAGAGUUGUUUAAAUAUAUUGGUAUUUAAUUAAAUUUAAUUUUUAGUGAAAAUAUGGUUCUAAUUGUAAAAUUUAAUUUAUAAUCAAGGGAAAAAUAAUUCCAAAAUCAAAGUUUUUCCCUUUCCUAGAUCGUUAUAAAUGUGCGUGUGUAUUUAUGUUCCAAUAAAUUUAGAGUUAAUAGAGUUUAUUUGAUGAUACACAGUUUGUAAAAACAAUUAAACUCAUUUUACCGAGAUUGCAUGUAAAAAUAAUUUAAUAAUGAAAUUUCAAGAUACAAAGUUAGUAUUACGCAUACUUACAAUAUAUUUUUUAAGUAAAAAACCAUACUAAAAAAAUUAUAUAUUUUUAAAUUAAAUUCAAAUAUAAAAUCAUUAUUUGGAAAGCUAUUGAUUUUUUUUUUUUAUAAAUGAAGUGUGUCGUGAUAUGACGAUUUUUCUGAUGACGUGGCUUUUUUUAAGGAAAGAGUAUUAGAGGAUAUUUGAUUUUAUGGGGGAAGGGCAUUAUUUUUUUUAGUAAGUCUUAAAUUAAUGAAAAUAUCCAAUUUCAUUUUUCACUAAAAUAAGUGAUUUAAAAAUCUCUGAUACGGCAAUUCAGGCCUUCUUUUGAUCUUAGAGGCAUGCCAACAAAUUUAUAAUAUGUAUAUGCUCCAUCCAUUUCUGCGAAAUGUAUUCAGCUUAGCUUGUAGAAAUUUUUGUCCAUAGACUAUUUGUAAAUAAUUUGCUCUAAUUAAUUGAUUAAUCAAUAUUAAAUUUCCUUUCAUGAAUUAAUUUUCACGUUAAAACGAGACUUGAAAGUCAACAUGUUGAAAUUAUAAAUUAAAAAUUUUAAGACUUCACCUCAAAACACCACCAGUUUUUUCACACUUGGCAAAAAAACACGACACAAGAGGUGUGCAAAUUCAAAAAGCCGUCAGCACUGCAAAAAGUAGAGCAGUCAGCAGCUUUAUUACAACAUGCGUGGUCCAAAUUAAGAGGGUUUCUUUGAGAACUCGGCUGGCUAGAUCAUUAUGAGCAGCAAGUCACGUCAAAGUGUCGCACGCGGAAAAUGAAAAUCGAGCAGCAGCAGCAGCAAAAGUGGGCGAAGAGUGCUUUGAUGUUUUGCACGCGUUUCUCUUCUGUUAAACAUGUACCCAUUAUGUCUGAGCGGAUUUUUAUCAUAUUUCGCAGCGCACCAGAGAGAGGAAACCCUUUGCCUGCUGCAUCAAUAAUGGCAAAAUGUACAAGGCCAGUUGGUGCUCGCUGCACACAGGUAGAAUAGCAAUGAGCACAAUUGGCACGUUUUGUUCCUCCAGGAGAGGAAUGCAAAUUUAUUAAUAAUACAUUUAUCUCCCAUUGAAAUAAGGAGUGCUUCCAAGAAAGCUCUUUCUGCAAUCUUUAGAAUUAUAUGAUGUAACUCUAGCGAUAAAUAUGAUUUCUUUCCCUAUCAUCGCUUAUUUCUCCAAUUCCAAUGGCAAGUACACAUGUUAUUUGGCAUAAUAUAUCAUGUAAUAAA